AAUUAUCAGGCUCAUCCACCAGAAAUAUUGGACUGUGACAUAGACUGCUGUAUGAACUGUGUCAUCUUGUGCAGGGAGACUCAUCCACAGAUGUUCCUUGUCUUUGCAUAAAGGAAAUGAUUGAUGCAGCACAGCUGUAAAGACUCAAGUGUUAAAGGUUUGUGGCUGAACUUGGCUGUGGCCACACCUGUGGUGCCCUUGGGAAGGGAGCUGUUAGCAGUACAUCGGGAAACUAUCCUCCGUGUCUUCUUACCAAGGGAUCUGAGGGCAGCAGUGAGCUUAAGUUGUUUGGAAUGCCGCUCUGCACUGGGAGCACUGAGCUUGUGGAUAUCUGCUGGCGCCACUCUGGAGGAUGUAGAGAACUUUGCCAUCAAUGAAUGCAUUACCCUAAACCUUUUUCCAGGGGAUGUCUGCUUUGGUAUGGUGAAACUAGCUGGUCCUGAAGUGCUAUAUGUAUUUAGCAACUCGGACUACUCUCAUGACACGAUGUGUGGCUGGAUGUUUGGUCUUGAUUGUGUGCAUACUGAGUUAGACCCAUGGACUGUAGAGAUUCCUGGUGGCAAGCCUGAGCCCAACCACCCAGAACCUGUGCAGCCCACGCCAAGUGUGAAGAAGAUUUUACAUCUCUCGGAUCUCCAUGUUGACCUUCUAUAUGAUGAGGGUAGUGCUGCUGUCUGUGACCACCCAUACUGUUGCCGGAAUGCCUUUGGUACGGCAGGCCCAGGGGUGCCAGCAGCAGGUCACUGGGGAACACUAGCAUAUUGUGACAUUCCUCUGCAUACUUUAGAGGAUCUUUUGUCUCAGGCUGCUGAAAUAACCACCCCAGAUCUUGUUUAUAUUACAGGAGACCUUCCUCCACAUGAUGUCUGGGCUCAGAAUCAUGCCACUAAUCUGAUUGCCAUUGAAACCACCAUGGAGCUUGUUAGGAAACACUUCCCUGAUGUUCCUGUUCUUAACACUCUUGGGAAUCAUGCAUCAGCACCCGUCAAUAGCUUUGUUGUGCCAGCUGCCUAUGGUGAUGGUUGGAGCAUGAGCUGGCUGUAUGAUAGUGUGGCUGAUUUGUGGGCAGAAUGGCUGCCUGAGUCUGCCUUGGUUGAUGUGAGGCGAGGUGGCUUUUACCAGUAUUCUCCUGUGUCUGGCCUCAGGGUGAUAUCACUCAACAUGAACUUUUGCAAUACUAUCAACUGGUGGCUGCUGAUUAGAAAUGAGGACCCAGUUGAACAGCUGAAGUGGUUUGUGGAGACAUUGGGAAAUGCUGAAGCUGCUGGUGAGGCAGUGCACAUUAUAGGCCACAUCCCAACUGGGGGAGGAGACUGUGAACACACCUGGAGUCAUGUCUUUAACCAAAUUGUGUACAGAUACGAGUCUACAAUCCGAGGGAUUUUCUUUGGCCAUACUCAUGGAGACUCCUGGUCAGUUUACUAUGACAUGGACACCUAUACUAGGCCAGUGGCUGUGUCCUUUAUCAGCCCCUCAGGUACUACUGGCACCUCCCACCAUCCAGCUUUCAAGGUGUUUGAGGUGGAUGGUGGACAUGAAGAUGCAACUUGGGUUAUCCUGGAUGCUACUGCCUACAGUACAAACCUAACAGAGGCCAAUAUGGAGGGAGGCUCUCCAGUAUAUACUGUAAGAUACAACACUCAAGAGUCAUAUGGUGUGACGUCCUUGACUCCUACCAGCAUGCAUGAACUAGUACUUGAUAUGGUUACUGAAGAAGGCCUCUAUCAGCAAUAUCUAUGGAAUGUCAACAAUGACAUUGCAGAAGUUUCUUCUAAUACCACCAUCUGUGAUGCCAGCUGCCUUAAGACUGUACUGUGUGGCUUUGUGACCUCAGACUCCUCUGACAGAACAGCAUGUCAUAAGCUCCAAGACUACAUUGACUCAUCUAAUAUCACAUCUGAUGAAUUUUAUAUCUAGACAGCUUUUCAUUUCCUCUAUAACAUGAGGACAAUCCAUACU